AUGGCAGAACACCCUGAUGGAGAUUUCGUUGGGUUUUAUGAGAACGACAGAAAGGUGUCUGGAAUAUGCGGGGAAAUAUGGAACAUGCUCGCGGAUCAUCUGAAAUUUACAUUGCUUCCAGUAAGGAAUGAAGAGCAUGAUUUUGGAAUACGCUUGGACAACGGAAGCUACAGCGGUCUAAUGGGGUUGAUCGAUCGGAAUGAAACGCAAGUGAUACUGCGAACAGGGUACUACGCGGGCCGUACGGAUUUGUUAGAGUAUACGAUGCCUGUUUGGCGGACUAAAUACCAAUUGUACAUACAGCCGGAAUUCAAACACGAUAACAAGUGGCUAUUUACGAUAUUCGAGCGGCACGUAUGGCACGCCCUCAUAUUACUAACUUUAAUACUCAGCCUGGGUGGAUACAUCCUCCAGAACAAACAGUACCGAAAUUCUAAAAAGAAUAAAACUCGAAAACAGAAGACAAAAUACUUCACUUUCAAUGACCAUGUCUUUUAUACGCAUUCCAUAAUGUGUGGCCAAGGCUACGUUCCAGACGAUCUUUACGCUCAGAACAAGAUAUUGUCGAUAUCAAAGAGUACAUUCGCCUGGUUGAUUCUUUUGUGCUUCAGCUCGAAUCUCAUUUACCAAAUGGCGAAUCGGAUCGUGACGCUUCCGUUCGACAGUCUAUCAACUUUAUUAAAUAAAACGAAGUACGACGUUUUGGUUUUCAGAGGAUCUAUGAUUUACGAGUUCGUGGAGAAAAACAUUCACCUAUCGAAGAGACAGCCUAAACGAUACGACCUCGCGCGUCGUUUCGAUAUCGUGGACACACCGAGCACGAUGUAUCGAAAGGUCUGCGACAAAAAGAAGAAAUUCGCGAUGCUGGAAAACCAGGACAAGUUUUAUAUAAAAAGAAGUCGCAUCUGUCCGGUGAUACCGGUAGGAAAAGGCUACUUUCACACUUGGAUCGGAUUCGGCGUAACGAAACGUUUUCCAUAUAAGAAAAUUAUAAAUAUAUCAUUGUUGAAGUUCCACGAAUUUGGCCUGAUAGACGCUCUGAAAGAUCGCUGGUUCGUGUAUAGGAUCAAGUAUGAAAAUAAAAUUCCCUUCAAAACGAUCGAUAUGGAACAAGUAUACCUGAUUCUCUGUAUACCUUGUAUAGGUAUUGCACUGUCUCUCGUGAUACUUCUUUUUGAAAAUAUCAUAUUCUACUGUCAAAAUAAACGUAAAUGA